CUGUAACAUGCAACGCUGCUGGACUGUAACUUUGUAGCGGACCUGCCUAAGGAGGAAAGGUGUGGGUCGAUCUAAAAAGGGUGAAAAAAACAAGGCUACAGCGAAGAAGAACUGUGGUGAAAUGAUGGAUGCCUCCGCGAGACAACAAAGGAUGCACGCUUGUCACCUCGUGUAAUUUCAUCUCCCCUGUAGGUAAAUGGAGACACUCAAAUAUAAAUCGGCUUUGACUUAAUGUUAAUAAGAUUUAAUAUCAACCCCCCUCAAACACCCUCGCUGCUUUUCCGCCUGAAGAAGAAUAGACACCAACAUUGUGUCAUCUGCUGAUUUAAAAACACAAAGAGGAACACUGGGAUACUAAAAAAAACAACCGGAUUGAAAAUGUAGGCAUGGGAAGAUAAUGUUAGACCCUUCUGAGUUUAAUGUUGGAGGCUCACAGGUCGUGGCUUUCAGUCUCCAUUGGCUCUCUCCAUGAGAAAUAAUGCUUCCCUAUUGGCUGGAUUGCGGUGCACAUGCUAUAACAACAGGAUAUGCAAAGAGCUAUGGGGUUGAUCUAAUAGCCUAUCAUAUUUCUCGCAUGCUUUUUUGACCAAGAUCUGUAUUUUAUUUAAUAGGAUGUGAAAUGCCUAAUUGAAUCAAAUGGUUCAGAUGCCAUAACAAUAAUAAUAAUAAUAAUAAUAAUAAUAAUAAUAAUAAUAAUAAUAAUAAUAAUAUAUAAUAUUAAUAGGCCUAAUAAUAAUAAUGAUAAUUUAUAAUGGACCUGCAACAGUGAAGCUGAAGGCUGUUUUUAUCUCACGGAUGUUUUUCAAUGAACUCAAAGUGUUGUUACUGAUGCGCUCUGGAUCAAGCAGGAGGACUGACACAGACCCGGACACUCAGACCAGGAUGCGAGGGCUCGCCAUAGGAGGCUGUGGUUGGCCGGCUUUGAACUGCUCUCACCGGGACGAUGAGGAGGAAUAUUAUGGCUCUGACUCCCGGCCACGCAGCCUGGCAUUGGAAGAUACAGAAGAAGACAAACCCGAGGGAGGAGCAGGCCUGGACGCCGCUUCCCUCCCCAGUCUCUCGGAGAGCGGGAUGCGAUCACCGCAGUGCCGGAUCUGCUUCCAGGGGCCGGAGAAGGGGGAGCUGUUGAGCCCUUGUCGCUGUAAUGGAUCUGUGCGCUGUACUCACCAGUCCUGCCUUAUCCGCUGGAUCAGUGAGAGAGGCGCCUGGAGCUGUGAGAUCUGCUACUUCAAGUACCAGGUCCUGGCCAUCAGCACCAGAAACCCACUGCAGUGGCAGACCCUCUCUCUCACUGUGAUCGAGAAGGUGCAGAUUGCGGCCAUUAUCCUGGGCUCGAUGUUCCUCCUCGCCAGUAUCUCCUGGUUGGUGUGGUCCUCUCUCAGCCCUUCAGCCAAAUGGCAGCGGCAGGAUCUUCUCUUCCAGAUAUGCUAUGGCAUGUACGGCUUCAUGGACAUAGUUUGUAUAGGCCUUAUAAUCCAUGAAGGAUCGUCUGUUUACCGGAUCUUUAAGCGCUGGCAGGCGGUGAACCAGCAGUGGAAAGUGCUGAAUUAUGAGAAAGCAAAGGACUUAGGUGACCCCAUGAGUUCCAGCAGUAAAGGUCGAGUUGAGAGGAACUCGGACAGCGGACAAAGGGCGAAUCGACAUGUCAGGACUAUUCUCCACCACCACUGUGGCUAUACCAUUUUGCACAUCCUCAACCAGCUAAGACCCAACAGCCUGCGCAGAAACAACCGUGAGGUGGUCAUGAGGGUGACCACGGUAUGAGGCCGGGUUAAACAGACAGAAGUGCGCCGAUGUUUAAGGAGAAGAUCAACGUGUUGAUUGGGAUUUAAUAAAAAAAAAUUAAAAACCUAAUCUGCCACAUAAACACUGCCGAUAACUUCUAGUCUCACAUCUUCGCUCGCAGAAUCUCCCUGAGCUCAAAGUGGACAACGAGAAAUAUUUCUGAGAUUUGGGCAAAGGGAGAAGUUGCAGUUUUAUCUGAGUGUUUAUGGACAAAGUCUGUGAACACGAGACAAAUAAGAAGAAAUGUAUACAUUUGGAAAAGAAAAAGAUUUAAUUCUUGAAGCUAUUAACCUUUUUUUUUUACCAUCCUGACCAAUGUUACACAAUGUUGUUGAAAUGUUUUUUUUUGCUUUUGAAAGAAAAAAUUAAAUGAAUGUCAUUACGUUUGAUCUGGAUUUUACUCUAUAAUAGAGAGUUUGGUUGUGAAAACGACUUCUACUCAACGUAUUCCUGAGGGUCCGCCAUGAUCUGAUAGAUUUUUCACUUGAAGCAGCCUCAAUGGACCAGACAGUAAAAAGCUCACUAACACAAUUGCUUGAAUUAUAAAGUUGAAAAUGCAAUUCAUGUUUUGUAAUAAAGACGUUGUUG